AUGCGACCGCAUCUCCUUCCAGCCAUGUCUCGGUUUAUCCUAUUCAUAGCCAUAAUAAUCUUUGUCUGUGGUUCAAAACCUGUGUUUGCUGAUGAUGAUGAGCGAUAUCUAAACUGCAGCAAAACGUUUGAUUGCGGAAAUAUUAAGGAUAUUCCUUAUCCUUUCUGGGGAUCCAAUAGGCAAGAUUACUGUGGCUAUCCAGGGUUGGAGCUCAAUUGCAUUAACCAAGAUCCGGAGAUCACAAUCAUGCAAUCGACUUACAAAGUCCUUGGUAUCGAUAAUCAGUCGCGGACUCUCAAUGUUUCUAGAACAGAUUACACAGAAAAUCUCUGUCCAACUCUCCUGUCCAACACCUCUUUGGAGCAAAACCCCUUGGAAUAUACUUCAGAUCAUGGUGAGGUAACACUGUACUAUGGUUGCCCUGCUCCAAGUCCGCAAGGGCUUUCCGCUCGGUUUACUUGCACCAUUAACGAGACUGAUAUGAUGGGCUACUUUAUAACAGCCAACCUCUCUGAACUUGUUUCAAUUGCUCCUGGCUUAAUCAGCUACCUGACAACAUGCAAUAAUAGCGUUAAAGUUCCAAUACGUCAAUCAGCUAUUCUGCCGAAUAUAGACAUUACAACCGUAGAACAGUUGCUUGGAGUUCUUAAUCAAGGUUUUGGGUUGGAGUGGAAUGCAAAUGAUGACUUAUGUGAAGCAUGCAAACUUUCUGGUGGGCAGUGUGGGUACAACCAGACAACUAAAGCGUUCACUUGUUAUUGUGCGGAUCAACCUCGAGAAUUUAAUUGCGCAGCAUCACCACCUAGUCAAUCAACAAGUAUGUCCUCUUUCCAGUUUCUUUUCUUGAUGGCAAAAUAG